UUAUUUUGACAUUUGUCGGCCCACAAAAUUUGCCAUAUUUUGUUUGCGUUGUGUAUAUGCGAACGCCAAAAACUUUAAAAUUUGGGAAGUUUUUAUGAAAUAUCGAUAAACUACUAUAAUUUUUCCAAAGUGUUAGUAGACCAGCAAUGGUAUUCUAUUUCUCCAGUAAUGUUGUUCAGCCGCCGGUGACCCUCUUCAUGGGAUUUGAUAAGUAUGAAAACGAAGAACUCAUUAAGUGGGGUUGGCCGGAGGAUGUGUGGUUCCAUGUGGAUAAAGUUUCAUCGGCGCAUGUGUAUUUACGAUUGCAACCGGGCCAAACACUCGAUGACAUCCCGUCAGUUGUAUUGGAAGAUGCUUGCCAGCUGGUUAAGGCCAAUAGUAUUAACGGUAAUAAAAUGAACAACAUCGACAUCGUUUACACCAUGUGGGAGAAUCUCAAGAAGACCCCGGCUAUGGAAGUUGGCCAGGUUUCAUUCCACAAGGACAAGGAGGUUCGUAAGAUGCGCGUCGAGAAACGAGUCAAUGAGAUCGUUAACCGACUCAACAAAACCAAACGUGAGGAACAUCCAGACUUCCGAGCGGAACGGGAGAAACGUGAUGCUGAUGAACGGGCGGACAAGAAACGAGCGGCUCGGGAAAUACGCGAGAAGGAGAAGGAGGAAGAAAAACGUCGAAAAGACGAGGCCGAUUUGUGGAGCUACAACUCGCUAAUGAAAUCGGAGAAUAUGUCCAGUAACUAUGACGCGGGAAAUGACUCGGAUGAGUUUAUGUGAAAUCGUUGAAUAAACAAGAGAGCUGGAAUAAAUAAUUUAUGUUGUAA